AUGGAAGACGAAAAUCCCUUCUUCGCCAUCUCAGUAGAUUCAUCCGAUGAAUCCACACCCGAUAUCUCAGAAAAAGUCCCUCGAGAUUUUCAAUCAGAAGAGAGUUUUCAAAAGGUUAAGCGUGAGUGGAGGGCUAGGAUUGAGUGUGGUGAGAUCCACACCACGCUCCCCCCACUCCCCCUAAAUCCGCGCAGUAAACCGCAAACUCAACAGAUGCUCCACGCAAUCGAGGAAUUAUAUUUUUAUAAACGAUAUGCGGAAGCAUUGGAUCUUACGGAGAAGGUGUUGAUGCAAAAGGAUUUAGUGGAAGAUUUUAGAAAUGUGGUGGUGAAGUAUAGAAGGAGGUGUGGGGAGAGGUUGAGGAUGUUGGAAGAUGGGGAGGGGAAGGGGAAGGGGAAGGAUGGGGAGGGAAAAAUUGGGUGUUGA